AUGAUUUAUUACCUUCGCAAGGGUCGUGCACAGUUCAAAAAGCAAGUCCGUCGCCUCAUUCUUUCUUGGUAUGCUCGUCGAACAUCCUCCCUCAGCACAAACCGGGCAAUUAGUUUGUUGAUCGCAUACGCAUUGAACACGUGUAAGCUUCCUUCUAUGUUAAAAAUCUCGUCGUCUCCUGUUAUAUUUUUCAUUUAUCACAUUCACAGAGUGUUCGCCGUCACUACACUGAUCACGUUCAUGGCUCUUCAUGAGUCUUUAGCCUAUGCGGCGUUCUUCUUCAUCCUGGUUCGACUAUAUUCUUGUUCAUUCGUGUCCACCCUCAACUCUCGGAGCAUCGUUCGGCAGCAGCUCAACGGCAACGACGAUGGAGUGAUCACGCUGUCCCAAUUUGCUGCAGCGGAAGCGCAAGCAUCUCAAUCGAGGGAUAAGGCCGUCGGUGGGUUGGCGGGAGGGGCUAGUGGGUGA